AAAUUCAUGGUUUUAGAUAACGAAUUGCGAUCGCUGUUUCGCAUUGGCUAUGAUUGUGGCUUCAUAACAGUUAUAACCACUAUAUUAACAGUUGUCAUAUUUAUAUACGCUUUAAUGAGCAUUAAAGUCGCAAAGUCAAACAAGACAUUGUGUCAAGCAUUGCAGAAUGAGGCGAGCGAGAAACUACCUCGGAAGCGGAGUAUUUUGAGUGUGAGACCGGGAUACAAUUGUAUUCACAAACACUUACAACAGACCGAUGUCUUUCAAGACAAAGCCAAGCGGACGCUGCACAAGGAGCACCUCGAAAUAGAGCUGAUGAAGAGUCGAAUAUCGUGCAUGAAUAAGCUUCUUGAACCCGACGUUUAUUGUUAGCGAAAAUUUAUUUUCUCUCCCUCGGAUUAAAAACAAAAAUAGAAUAAUAAAUGUUUGGUUGAAGUUAAGUGAGGACAAAAAAGCUUAAACCUCCGAGACGGGGGAAGAGAAUUGGGAGGGCGUGACGGUUAAAAGAAGAAAAAGUUGAAUAAAUAAAUACAUAAAUAAACGAAGAGAUGCGAUAAUUUAUACCCAGACAGAAAACAGCAUUUAUACUUUGGAGGUCCGCUAACGAGCGCUAAUAACCCGGUUGCUUUACUUGGG